UCAGAGCAAUAUAGGCAGCAUCCACGGCGCCGCAUGCAGUUAGUUCUACACCGGGCCGCAUCCGCGCGGUUCCCCGCUCCAAGGUGAACCUCCACGCUGCAUCCGCACGUUACACGCACACCCACUGGCGGGUCUUUUGCCGGCGCAGACGCGAUGUUGUUUAAAGUGGCCGUGGCGCUGCUGGUUCUAUCCGUACUGGAGCAAGUCAUGGGCUCGGAUAAUAUCGACAUUUACGACACUCCGCCGGAGAAGCCCGUCAUCCAUAAAGGACGUCUCUCCCUGCAGAACACAGCCGAGAUCCAGCACUGCCUGGUGAGCGCGGGAGACGUCGGCUGCGGCGUGUUCGAGUGCUUUGAGAACAAUUCCUGCGAGAUACGAGGGCUACAGGAGAUCUGCAUGACGUUCCUGCAUAAUGCUGGCAAAUUUGACUCGCAGGGGAAAUCCUUCAUCAAAGAUGCUCUGAAAUGUAUGGCCCAUGGGCUUCGACAUAAGUUCAGCUGCAUCAGUAGGAAGUGUGUGUCCAUUAAGGAGAUGGUGUUCCAGCUGCAGAGAGAGUGUUAUGUUAAACACAACCUUUGCUCAGCUGCAAAGGAGAAUGUGGGUGUCAUGGUGGAGAUGAUCCAUUUCCAAGAUCUUUUCCCUAAAGGUCCUUAUGUGGAGCUAGUGAAUAUUCUGCUGGGCUGCGGAGAGGAAGUGAAGGAGGCAUUAACCCGCAGCGUCCGGCUCCAGUGCGAGCAGAACUGGGGAGCUUUGUGCGACAGCCUUAGCCUCUGCUCCUCACUGACGCCGCCCCCGCCCAGUGCAGCCGCCGAACAGCGCCGCUCUUUGCUCCCGCACCCACCUCAGCCGGAGCACGCACGCCCCCCGCGGCACGGGGACAAGGGCGGCAAGGUGGCUUUCCACGCCCACCAGCGCGGUCGCAACCCCGGGUUGCGGCGCCAGAGUCCAGAUGCAGUGGCGGCUGAGCAGGAAGACCCCCAGGUCACCGACAUCCGGAGGUGAAAAUGCAGGAGAUUACAACACUGAUAACCCCAACACCGUUUGAAAAGCACACUUGCAGACUAAUGGACAUGUUCACAUGAUCACACACACAGCAGAAAGCACCAAACCUCUUUCCUGGGCUCUUUUCACCCUUUCCAGUCAUUCCAGCAGUCCUACAUGGUGAACUUGCAGGGUAAUUGUGGCAUAGCAUGUACAGUAUUGUCACGCCUGACUGUAGGCCUCUUUUAACAUGAAUAGUGAUUGUUAUCAUUAUUAAGACUAUUUUGACUCUAAUAUUUCUCUAAUCAUACUUACUGUAAGAUUUGACUAUAUUUGUAUUAUUUAUUACAUUCUUUAUAUCUGAAAUAUCAAAAUGUACAUAGAAAAAAAACUAUCUAUAUUUAUAUGAACAUGUAUAAAUAUAGUUUAAAAAACACAGUAGCGAUGGUAAUAUGUUUGUAAUAGUAUAUGCAGUGCUGUUGUCCUCACAGUAUUGCACCGAUCACUCGUUAUGUAGAUAUGUAACAUACACCAUUUGUUGUGUCGAAGUGCGAGUGUGUAUUGUAAUGUGUAGAUACUUGAUAGUGAAAUACAAAUUGUACAGGUCCGAAGUCCAGUUCUGGCACAUAAUAAUAACAAUAGUGUAUAAUAGCCAUGAUGCCACAACAGAUGUUAAAGUGGAAAAAUGGCCCCCUAAAGGAAUGAAAAUGGCAUAUUAUGAAUUCACUCAAACUGCUAACUGAUGGAGGAUAAUAUUGAAGAGUAAGCUAAACAGAAAUAGUUAGUGUAUGUCUUUCUCUGAACCGAACAUAGAAGUUUCUAUGUGUACACACAAUGGGGUCUAAACUUAUUCUUUACAAAGAAUCAAUGAAUGUUCUGUUUUUAUGAGCCACAAACAAUCUUUGCUAAUGCACUUUGUCAGCUUUUUAUUUGGGACUGCUGAAAGUAAAGACAUGAAAUCAUCCCCGACACAUAUUUUUUGUACAUUUGAGCAACCCCUCUCCUCUUUAUCAACUACCAAAUUCUGUGUGUGUGUGCUCAUUGCUCUAAGGGUUAGGUUGAGCCAUGUGGCCCUUUAUGCCUUGACAUAGAUCCUCCAUUGCACAUUUUUAAACUAGCCCCUCACCAAGGUUAGGGGAAGGCCUGUUCUUGUGUCUUUGAACUGCAGGCAAUGCAGCAAGGACCCAGUAACUAGGUCCACACAUGGGGUACUGUUAUUCUAAAUGUUAUAUUUACAGAGGCCACCAGAGAAUUCCUCUGGGCUACAGCCAAGAGUCUGCAACACCAGGCCUGUGUAGGAAGAACUAGAGAGACAGACCUUUUUUUAUGGGAUUCUUCCUUCAGGUCAACAUUUUAAGGCCAGUUAAAUGCUUACGUGGUGGAAGUGAAGCACUAAUAAGUGAGCAAAACACAAUCGUCACACAUUUCAAUGUCAUAGAAUAUCUAACCUGUCCCUGCAAGUGAUUUAGAAGCUGUUUUUUGUUUGUUUGUUUGUUUUGUUUUUGGUGGCGGUUGGGAUUCCAGUGGCAUCCCAUCAUAAGACAUAAGCUAUAUUUUAUUGAAAAUGUACUGUAUAUGUGUAAUGUGACUUUCUUUGUAAUACUUUAGUGGCCUUUCUUUUUAGACAAUAAACUGUGUUCCUUGUAAUACCAGUGCUAUACAUAACCCAUCAAAUGCUCUCACAUUCAAGCUUAUGAUCCAAUGAGUGUUUGUGGACUUGCACCAGAUGUAUCUCUUAAUCAUUAAAAUAUUUGUAUCUUUA